AUGACUACAACAGCAAGUUCAUCAUCAAAUUUACCAGAUAAAGAUCAAAUUCGUGUACACAUUCGACGUGAUGGAUCAAUUGAAAGACAACGAUUUAAUGGACGAGUUUGGAGACAAUUGUGUAAAUAUGAUGGUGGAGAGGAAUGUCAAGCAUUUGUUGCAUAUAGAAGUCUUUGUGUUGGACAUUAUCAUCAAACAUCAGGCAUAACUGUUAAUGAAUCAAAACGUCGACAAUUAAUUCAACAAUCAGCAGCAGCUGCUGCAUCAUCUAAAGCGACGACAACAACAACAACAACAACGACAGCAACAGCAACAAUGAUACCAUCAAAACUUCGAUAUUCAAUUGAAACGCCUUUAUCUCUUGGGCUUAAAAUACCUCCUGUUCAAUCAAUUUUACCCAAUACAUCAACAACAAAUAUAGAUGAAUCUGCUGCAACAUCAGAUUCUAAUCAAGCAUGUUCCUCAGCUAGUUCAUUGGAUAGUCAUCUUGAUGAUUAUGUUUUGUCUCAAAAACCAAUAUCAAUAACUGGUUCUCGUCUAACUGAUGAACAAAUGGAUCGUCUUGAUCAAUUUCUUCAACGUUUUAAUGUUCAUUAUUCGGAUGAAAUUGAUGAAAAAACUACACAUUUAAUAACGGAUGAUACAACAAUUCCAUUUGUUUGUGCAUUAUCAUCGAAAGUUGUUCAUGCAUUAGCACGUCAUUUAACUGUUUUAUCAAUACGUUGGAUUGAUGAAUGUCUUCGUUGUGAUAAACUUCUACUUGAUGAAUUAUCAUUACAAUUUGAAAUACGUGGUGAUUUAACAUGUUCAACAAUGUAUCAUGGUGGUAUGCAACGUUCACGUCUUAUUACACGAAGACAUUCAUUAUUCUCUAAACAUAUAUUUAUGCUUAAAUGUUCUGGUGUACAAAAUUUAAUGGAUAAUCAAGAAUUACGUACAUUAAUAACAUUAUGUGGUGGUCAUACUUGUUCAUCAUUACGUACAGAUCAAGUAACACGAUGGACAGCACAAGGUAAAAUGAUUGUUGUUCUUUGUGAACAAACAUAUGUUCAAGAACGUCAAGAUAAAUAUUGGAAAUGUGUAGAAUUAGGUAUAAGAUUUUGUUCACCUGAAUUUAUUAUUGAAUCAAUUGCUCAAUAUCAAGUACAAGAUUAUGCUAUUUAUGAAGAAGAACCUCAACAAGAUGAUGAAGUAAAUGAUGAAGAAUAG